UAAACUUUCACCUAAGACUUUUAGCUUGUCUGCUGUCAGACUGUCAGUUCUUGCGCCGCCGCUGACCAUUAAUCGUGUUUGUACGCGAUGAGCAUAUUUGAAUUUUGUUAAGAAAAUUAUUAGGAUUUUUAAUUGAAUUUUUUACUUUAAUUAAAUUAAAAGAUUUGUUCUUAAUACACGGAAAAGAAUACUUCUUGUUUUUUGUCCGCUUUCUAAAUUUCAAGUCUCUUCGUUACGGUCAAGUGAUUGAAGGUGUUAUAUCAUAUUUUAGUAUUGUUUAUUGGACACAAUGGACCAAAGCAGUAUAACUCCUAACACAUCUAAUCAGCAGCUGGUGAUAAAUGGAGACAAUGAUUCUGCCACUGCGCUUCUUCAGGAGAAGCAGGCUAGAAGACGUGAAACUUUAAGUGAUGUUACUUUAAAAGAAUUCAUGACUGUUGGGAUCCUGUGCUUCGUUAACCUCAUCAAUUACAUGGACAGAUUCACGAUAGCAGGCGUGCUGGAUGACGUCAAAAAAGAGUUUGAUAUCGGCGAUGAUAUGGCGGGCCUGCUUCAGACGGUGUUCGUGGUGGCAUAUAUGAUAUUCGCGCCUAUUUUCGGUUACCUGGGUGACAGGUAUUCGCGAAGGGGGAUCAUGGCGUUCGGAGUGGGUCUGUGGAGUGCCACGACGCUUAUCGGGUCUUUUAUACCGCACUUCGCAACAUUCGCGGUAUUUCGUGGUCUUGUGGGCAUUGGUGAGGCGUCGUACUCCACGAUAGCUCCGACCAUCAUCAGCGAUCUCUUUGUGGGGAAUGUCCGGUCAAAGAUGCUUGCCUUUUUCUACUUCGCGAUUCCGGUUGGAAGUGGUUUCGGUUACAUAGUUGGCUCCGUAGCCGGUGCUAUAGCGGGAGACUGGAGAUAUGGCCUUCGUGUCACGCCCUUUCUUGGGGCGGCUGCUGUAGCCCUAAUGAUCUUUGUCAUGGAGAACCCUGAGAGAGGACAGGCGGAGGAUUGUCAUAUGAAACCAACGUCGUACAGUGACGACCUUAAGUCUUUAGUAAAGAAUCCGUCCUUUAUGUUGUCAUCCCUGGCGUUUACCUGUGUGGCAUUUGUGACUGGCGCUCUCGCGUGGUGGGGGCCACAGUUUAUAUUCCUGGGACUGACAUUACAGCCUAACACUGAUAUUACGCUUGAAAGGGUGGCGUUAAUCUUCGGCGCGAUCACGAUGUUGUCUGGCGUGGUUGGAGUUCCGUUGGGCGCGUGGCUUGGUGCGGCACUGACCAAGCAAUUCCCUCGCUCGCAUCCUAUCAUCUGUGGGGUUGGCCUCCUCGUCUCAGCGCCAAUGAUGACACUAGCGAUGCUGCUCUGCGAGGGAUAUUUCUACGCGCCAUUCGUCCUCAUGUUUUUUGGGGAGGUCGCUCUGAAUAUCAACUGGGCUAUUGUUGCUGAUAUGUCGCUGUACGUGGUCAUACCACCAAGGAGAUCGACGGCUGAGGCAUUCCAGAUUUUAAUAUCACACAUGUUUGGGGACGCAGGCAGUCCCUACUUAGUUGGCGUUAUAUCCGAAGCCCUAAAACUCUACUAUUCAACACCGUCAGAGCCUGCUAGCAAAACGGCGGAAUUUCGUUCGUUACAAUACGCGUUAUUCGUAACUUGCUUCGUCGAAGUGGUCGGCGGAAUAUUCUUCCUCAUCACCGCGCUCUAUAUCGUCAGGGAUAAACUGAAAGUCGAUAGAGCUAUCGCUGUUACUUCAAAAGUAGUUUAGAAGCCGAGGCGCAGAACACAGAGCCGUCUCACAGUAACGCGCAAGAGCCAUUAGGAGGGGAUUAGAAUAGUUUUAGUUAAUUUCGCGUUUUAGAUCUGUGAGAUGAUUCACGAAAUGAUCGUUCGAGAUAAUUUAUCACAAAAUAUUGCCUUGAUAAAUUAACUAAAUGAUCAACGAAGAAGACUGAUUAAGUAUGCACAGCAAAUAGGGUUGAGUGAGAAAGGCAAUACGCGCCUGAGUAGGAACAUUGUGGUUUGGGGCACAUUUGGCUAGUGAUAGAAUUA